AGCAGGUGAGCAGGUCAAUGAAACGGUUCACAGCAAGUCCCGCGCGUGCUGCCGGCCUUUAGCAGCUAUGAUUGUCUUCAAAUCGUCUUUAUCAAUCUGGCGACACCACUUAUGAAAGGACCUGAUCGAUAGUACCAUGUCCCUAGAAGAGGAUUCCGACGCAAUCCAUGGAGUGGAACAAGCCGCGGAAGAUGAGGCGGCUAUGCAGGUCGACGAUGUUCCUUCUGUCAAAACCGCUGGUAAGACGAAUCCGAGGAAGACGGUCCAGCUUCCCGAUGGUCAGCCUGGAAUCACGACGCUACCAGUCGCGAGAGUUCAGCGGAUAGUCAAGGCGGACAAGGAGAUCCAGAUGGUCAACAAGGAGGCCAUCUUUGCGUUGUCUGUAGUAACAGAACACUUUAUCAAACGGCUGACGGACAAGGCGUAUGAACAAGCGAGGAUGGACCAGCGAAAGAACGUGACGUUAAAGGAUAUGUCGACCGCUAUCCGAAAUUACCCAGAAUUCGAGUUUUUCAACGGUAUCGUGCCAGAGACGGUGCCGCUAUCGGUAGCACUCGCUGCUCGAGCCAAGAAAGCUGUGGAAGACGCCGAAGGACCGACAGACGAAUCGACGACCAAGCUGGCCGACGUCUUCCCCAAAGUACCUCUUGUACCGAGUACGGACCCUGAGCACCCAGACUAUUUGGUGAAAAAGGCAGCGGGAGGGCAAGCGAAGAAGACCAAAGGCGCCGCGGUCAGCGGUGUCAACGGGGGAGAAAAGGACAAGGGGAAGAGCAAGGAGACGACACCGGUCAAUCCCAACGGAAGAGCCCGACCGAGGAGAUCUCGGGGUGCAGCCAACGAGACGGAGGAAGAGGCCGAACUCGAGGCCGAGCAAGACGCAGAGGCAGAAGGUGGACCGUCGUCUGACUCGGUCACGAGAGGAAACGAGCGAGAGGGGUCCACAUCAGGUUACACUUUACACGGCGCCUCGACCACGACCUCGUUCGCCAUCCGUCGCUCUCUACGGGAAAACAUCGUGUCCCCUUCCAACCAUUCGUCCCGUAACCCGGCCAAACCGGCUCAGGUCGGCGUCUCUUCUCUGCAGCACGAGAGCCGACCCGCUCUGUCAAACCGGACCGACGACUCGACAGUGCUCGACGUCGAGGGUUCGUCAGGUCAAGGCCCUUUGAGCGGAGCAGGUGUAGGCUCAGGUGGACAAGUAGGAACAGGAGCAGGAGUAGUAGGGAGUCAAGACCUAGGAUCCAGGACGAAACGGCAAUCCGCUCGUUCAGGCCCUCCACAGGUCUCGAAUUCCGACCAACCUUCUGCUACCUCGACGACUCAUACCGACACCCGCGGGAGUACGACCACCCCGCUGGGUUUUCUUGCGUGGUCACUCUCUGGAAUCAUGGCUUCUCUCUUCGCUUACGGAUGGGGUGGCUCGUUCUGGGGCUCGUCUGUGCCGCCCGUCACCGGGGACCAGCAGUUGGACGACUACAUGGCCUCGCCCGAAGGGUCGUUGGUAUGGGCGGGCAAUCCAAAGGCCUCGGGGCUGUUCUACGGUUGGGACGUCAAACGGUUGUUAUUCUGGUCACUCGUGUUCAUCGUCUUUUGCGUCAUCGCCUGGGUUUUCAACCCGAACGAGACGUCGUUCCGGACGUACCUGAACGAACAGUCUUUUCGAAAACAUCUGCAAGGUCUGCAUCGUCAAGAGACGGGAUCGGCAUCUGUACCGGGAAAUGAUACGGGGCAUGUACCGGAAAUUUCAGGCAAGAGCAAACAAACUGGAUCGAACGGCGCGUCGAUUCCAGCACAGGCAUCGUCAACACCUUCAGCAGCAACAAUAUCAACAGCAUCAGUACCAACAUCAUCAUUAACGUCAUCGUCACGACAGCUUACCAAUGUCGUCACGCCCACCCCGUUCAGAUUCUCGAAUCACAUCGCCGUCUCCCUCCGCACGCCGCAGUAUCACUUCCUGCACUCGUAUCUCUUUUCCGUUGUCUGGAUCUUGCCCGGGUCUGCUUAUACGGGCAACCACAAGAAAUCUCACCAUGCUUUUAAAUCGACGAAUUCAUCAUCGACAGCGUCGUCCUCAGCGGGAACUUCCAAGUCGGCUUCUUCGACCGCGUUUGGGAUAGACGGUGAGGAUCACGGGGAAGGCUUUGAUCCGACUUUGCAAGGGGUUUGGUAUUUCGGGGCUUUUGGGAGGUGGUGGAACAUGGGCAGGAUUAUGGAGGAUCCAGCGCUCAGGCCGUGGAGCAGGAAAAAGAUGGAGGUUGCCACUGCGGCGGGAGAGUCUGGGAAGAGGGAGCCAGGGUUGAUCAGCGUCGUGGCUCUGCCCAAGGACGAUCGGUUACCUGAACCCAGGACCGCGCCUGCGACACCGUUGCGACGUUCGCCUGCCAAUACGCCUACGUCACGCGCCGAAUCUCCACCGCCGUUACGUGCAGACGCAUCGUUACCACUGCAUUCCCGGACGCUGGUGGAUUCGACGUACCCUGCCAAGACGACUCACACCUCUUCUCAACAUCUCACUGUACCACUUCUCAAGGAUUCGGCAAACGAUGCCACGACCGUGACCCUCUCUUCCUCUAAUUCCUCUUCUGCUCAUUUGAAAUCGGCCGAGGCGGCCAAGAAGGACUCGCCCAUGCUAGCGGAGUUGAACUCCACCUUGACCGCAAUGCAAGCUUCUUUAGCGAGUAUGCAGGAAUCGUUGAAUUUGUUCGACACAAACGUGGCUCAUCAACAAGCACAGUUGCAAGCCACCGUCGACGAGCUACGGAACAAGAAAAAGACCGAGGAUGCGGAUCGGGCGGAUUUGAAGGUCAAGAUGAAAACUCUGGAGGAGAACAAACGACAAGCCGAGAGUGCGCGGAGAGAGGCGGAAAAGAAGCUCAAGACGGCAGUCACGAUGCGUGAUGCCGUAUUGGAGCGAUGCGAGACUAUGCAGCGUGAGAUGACGAGGAUGCGAGACGAAAUGCAAGGGUAUGAAGAGGCGAUCAAGGAGAGCAAGGUCAAUACCGAGUCGCAUGCCAAGACGACCGGAGAGGCCAUCGAGCAGAAAGAGGUCGACUUGACGAGUCUGGACGAGGAACUGGCCAACGAGGUUGCGGAGAACGCCGAUCUGGCCGCCAAGGUCUUACAGGCGGCUGAGACGCUUCAGGCGUUGAUCGACAGCAGUCCUCAACCCGUUCCGGAUUACGCCAAUGUGCCCGCUCCGUCCCCUGGGGAGCAGAAUGGCAAUCAGCCAGCGGGGGUGGGCGGUCACCAGACGCCUUACUCGGCUUCGAAUCGCGUGUACAACAAUUCUUCCUUUUCCUUUCCCGAUCCUUACCAGUCCCUCGGAGCUGGUCACCCUGCACAGCAUCAUCAGCAUCCCGGCCACCACAACAACGCACAAGGACCAGACUUUCGAUCGUAUUCUAGCUCUGGCAAUGUCUUUCGUCGGACUGCCAGCGGGAAUGUUACGACGACAGCGACGGGCAUGUCGGAACCGUUUCGUCAGAGCUCGCCCUUUCGGGAUAUCUCUGGGUACGAAGGUUUCGGACCGUUGGGAGCGCCGGUCCAAGGAUUCUCGGAAAGUCAUCAUGCGAGCUUUCUCGAGCCCGAAGAACCUGGCUCGCCCAACGUCAUGUCCUCGUCGUUCACCGCCAACCUGCUCCCUCAAGGCUUGUUUCGGUCUCUUGAAGGCGAUCAGACGCCUCAGGAUGUCAAGACUGAGCUGGACGACCCGAUGGACAUUCUCGACCUGGACCCUGCCAACCUGGAGCUACCGAAGUCUCCCGAAAAGAGCGAAGAACACUCCGGUCAGACUCCCAAGCCUGCGUCUUCCGACCCUGUUUCCCACGACGUCGGCUCGAACGGCGGUCAGGGAAGCAAGGAAUCGGACGAGGACCCGGCGUCUUUGCAAGUCUCGCUCGACGAGGCUUCGCGCAAGCUGGCCGAGUAUCACGACGAGACCGAUGGACCUCGGCCUCGUCGUUGGUUCUCUUCCUCCAAGCUCAAGGGACCUACUGAUGCCGUCUUGGAGAACGGAUCCGGCGGACACCUCAACGACCUAUUUGGUAUGCCGCUGGCUCAGACCAUCUCGAACGAGAGCCUGCUCGUUCCUGGAGGCGGCUUCGACAACAACCCGUUCGCACCCUCGGCUGCCGAGAAACGAGCGCUCCGAUGGGGCUCGAUCGGCAAGUGGGCUGGAGGUGCGAGGCAGACGUCUGCACCUCACGAAGUCGGUGGGCCGUACAAGCAGCAUCUCGGGUCGUUGCCUAAUUCGGCUCGGGCCAGCUCUGUCGACCUGAAUGGGAACGGCGCACGUCAGGCUUGGGAACAUGCCGCCGCGGGUCCGUCCACGAUCUCGAGCGUGAUCGGUGCGGUGCCGCAAGAGAAACGGUCCUUCAAGCUAUGGUCGUUGGGGAAAAAGUCGGCAAAGGAGGAGCCGGGUUCGGGGUCGAGCAUCUGGAAUUAAAACAGGGGUUUCAAAGACGGGUUGGCUGCUGGAAGUACCUGGAGGGUUCUGGGGGACAUGUUCUUUGUGUCGUUCGCCUCGAGCCUGGGUCUGGGUAGGAUCUCCUUGUCAACUUGUGUCGCUUCAUGUCUCUUGAUUUAUCCGUGUACUUUCGGUGUGUGCUGGUCAUCUACGCUGUGUUGGUGUGCAUCGGGAAGCUCGAGAUUGGUCCAUCGAUCAAUAUCACAUGGUCUUCUUUCGCGGCGGCAGCCGAGGUCGUGACGCAAGCCAAAAGUCGGAGGACGAGGGAGGACAUUGCACGUUGAAAAUGAGAUUUCGAUAUGGACAGGUUCGAC